AUGGAGCCCAGUUCUGGCAGGCUCCCAGGACUUGAAGCCACCAGAUCCCACAUGGAACCACGGGCCUCAUGUCCAACUGCUGAACCCUUCGUAGCGAGACAGUUCCAUGUUCUUGUGGGUGUUACUGGGAGUGUUGCAGCCCUGAAGUUACCUCUUCUGGUGUCAAAGCUUUUGGACAUUCCUGGCCUGGAAGUAGCAGUGGUCACAACUGAAAGAGCCAAACAUUUCUACAGCCCCCAGGACAUUCCUGUCACCCUCUACAGCGAUGCCGAUGAAUGGGAGAUGUGGAAGUGCCGGUCUGACCCCGUUCUCCACAUUGACCUUCGGAGGUGGGCAGACCUUAUGCUGGUGGCUCCUCUUGAUGCCAACACUCUGGGGAAGGUGGCCAGUGGCAUCUGUGACAACUUGCUUACCUGUGUCAUCCGGGCCUGGGACCGCAGAAAGCCCCUGCUCUUCUGCCCAGCAAUGAACACUGCCAUGUGGGAGCAUCCCCUUACCUCGCAGCAGGUGGGCCAGCUCCAGGCCUUUGGCUAUAUCGAGAUCCCCUGUGUGGCCAAGAAGCUGGUGUGUGGAGACCAAGGUUUGGGGGCCAUGGCUGAGGUGGACACCAUUGUGGACAAAGUGAAAGAAGUUCUCUCCCAGCACGCUGGCUUUCAGCAAAGUUGA